AUGAACAUUAUUUGUAACAUGAAAGAUUUUAAAGAGAGUUGGUUUUAUAAAAAAAUAAAACCGUGUAUUAAGAAAUAUAUGCCAAAAUAUACGAAUGAAGGACACAUCAUAUUUCAAAAUCCUUAUGAGUUCUCAUAUGGUAAUUGUGGUUAUAGAGAAAAAUAUAAUUUAUCGUCAUGUGAUUUAUUAAAUGCCAUAAAUAAAUGUGGAAUAUUUGUAGGGUUGUUAUUUAUAAAAUAUAAUUAUGAUAUAAUAUUUAAUCAAAAAGAAAAAAGAAAUGACUUUACCACAACAAAAGGGAAUAACAAUAAUUAUGAAAAUAAAGAUGAGAACAAUGAAAAGAAAAAUGAAAAGAAAAAUGAAAAGAAAAAUGAAAAGAAAAAUAAAAACAAAAAUGAAAAGAAAAAUAAAAACAAAAAUGAGAACAAUGAAAAGAAAAAUGAAAAUAAAAAUAAAAACAAAAAUGAGAACAAUGAAAACACAAAUGAAAACAAUAAAAACAAUAAAAACAAUAAAAACAAUAAAAACAAUAAAAACAAUAGCAAUAGUAAUAAUAAUAAUAAUUAUUAUUAUUAUAAUCAUUAUAAUAUGUGUGAAAAAAUUCAUAAAGACCUUGUUUAUAAUUAUAAUGAAUAUAUCAAAUUAAAAAAUGUAGGUAUUAUUAUAACCGCUUCACAUAAUCCACAUGAUGAAAAUGGAAUUAAAAUUAUUGGAGUUGAUGGUAAAUAUAUAAAUAAAACAUAUGAGAAUUAUUUAAUAGAACUUGUCAAUAAUCAUUUGAGAUAUAUAAAAAAGAAUGUAAAUUGUACAUGUGAUGAUAUUAUAAAUAAUACGAUAGAAUUAAUUGUUGAUAUAUUUAAAAAAGAAAUAAAUUUAGAUAUAUCAGAUGAUAUUAUUUAUGAAAAUAUAUCUAUAUUAGAUGAUAUAAUAUAUAAUUAUAAUAUACAUAAUAAAAUAAAAACCAAUAUAUGUAUAGGAUUUGAUACUCGAAAUAGUAAUAUACAUUUAAAUAAUAUUAUUAUUGAAUCCUUAAAUUGUCUUAAUAUAUAUAAAUGUAUUAAUAAUAUUACUUAUAUUACUACACCAUGUAUGCAUUUCUUAAUUUACUUCUUAAAUUAUAUAAAUGAAAAUGAUGAAAAAAUAGACAAACAAAUUAUACAACAAGAAGAAUAUACAAUACAUAAAAAAAGUAAUGAUCUAUCAUAUUUAAAAAAUUUCCAUAUACAAAAUAAUAAAAGUGUAUAUUAUUUAUAUUAUUCAAAAUAUGAUCAAUAUCUUACAAAUGAAGUAUUAACAACAAAUGGAACUCCUUUACAACAACCAUUCAAUAUUUCUAUUCAACAACACAUAGAAAAAGAAAAAGAAAAAAAAAAUUCUCAUGAAAAUAAUAAUUUCAUUUAUACACAUAUGGAACAUAUAUAUGCAUAUAACAGUGAUCAAAUAUAUUUUGAUUAUUUUAUAUAUUCUUUUGAAAUGUUAUAUAAUUAUAUUACCAAAUUAUUUCAUAAUAAUCACAUGAUGAUGGAUAUGGAAAAUAUUUAUCUUGAUUGUUCAAAUGGUAUAGCUAGCUUAAAAAUAGAUAAGUUCUAUCCAAUUUUUCAAAUAUUAAAAAAAAAUAUAUGUAAAUUUAAUUGUAUUGAAGGAGAACAUAGUAUAUUAAAUUAUGAGUGUGGAGCUGAGUAUGUCUAUAGAAAACAGCAACCUCCAAAAAAUGUUCCACCUAUAAUAAAGCACAAUACAAAAUUUUGUACCUUUGAUGGGGAUGCGGACCGUAUACUUUAUUUUUUUUUCCCACAAAAAGGAGAAGAAAUUAAAAAGAAAAUAUUUAAUGAUGGAAAUGAGAAGAAUAAAAAUAAUCAUACAGAUAUUAAUAUUAAUUGUAAUAUGAUUUAUAAUAUGAUUUAUAAUAACAAUAAUAAUAUUAAUUGUAAGGAUAAUAAUUUCCAUAGUACCAUCUCUGAUUUUUCAAAAGAACAAAUGGAUUAUUAUGAUGCCAAUAUAGAUACAUGCAAAAACAACCAAAUAGCCAUUUUGGAUGGGCCGAAAAUAAUUUGUCUUUUUUUUUUGUGCAUAAUAAAAAUGUUAUCACAUAUAAAACUUGAAGAACUCAAAGAAGAAAUUCCUAUUAUUGAUUUAAAUAUAAUACACACUGCAUAUACGAAUUCAGCUUUUCUUAAUUAUAUUAAUUAUAUAAAAAAUAAUAUUAUCGUUAGUAUUAAUAUUUUCAAAUAUAUAAAUAUUAAUAUAUUAUGUACAAAAACAGGAAUGAAAUAUUUAGACCAUUUAGCACAAAAAGCUUGUAUAGGUAUUUUUUUUGAACCUAAUGGACAUGGGACUAUAUAUGUCGAUAUAAAUAAAUUACAAAAAUGGUCUCUUUCUUUACAUAUAAAUUAUGAUUUAUCCUUUAUAGCAUUACAAAAAUAUUUACUUUUUUUUAAUCAAACUGUAGGAGAUGCAUUCCUUGAUUUUAUAGCCAUCGAAUUAUCUUUAUCAAUUUUAAACAUUACAAUAAAUGAAUGGAAUAAUUUUUAUACACCCUUCCCAUCUAUGUAUAUUAAUAUAAACUGUCCUAAACACAUACUUCCUAAAAUCAUACCACAUCCAAAACAUGAACAAUAUCUAAUAGAACCCAUAACACUCCAAACACAUAUUAAUCAAAUAGUCAAUUCAGUUGAUCAACAACACGGAAGAUGUUUUGUCAGACCAUCAGGAACGGAAAAUCUACUUCGAAUUUAUGCAGAAGCACAAACAGAACAAAAGAUGAAAGAUAUAUUAGACAAGGCUCGAACGUGUGUACUACACUACAUAGAACAUAUCCUAUGA